UAGCAAAUCAAAAUGGCGCACCAACAGCAGCAGCAACAACAACUGGCUCCAUCCGUGAAUUGUUCAUUGGAUGAUAUCGAUUUGACGGCACUGAAGGAUCCCGCUGGCAUCUUUGAGCUGAUCGAAGUUGUUGGCAAUGGCACCUACGGCCAGGUCUACAAGGGCCGUCACACAAAGACUGGACAAUUGGCUGCCAUAAAGGUGAUGGACGUCACCGAGGACGAGGAGGAGGAGAUCAAGCUGGAGAUCAAUGUGUUGAAGAAAUACUCAAAUCAUCGCAACAUUGCCACCUACUACGGGGCGUUCAUCAAGAAGAGUCCGCCCGGCAAGGACGACCAGCUCUGGCUGGUGAUGGAGUACUGCGGCGCCGGCUCCGUGACGGACCUGGUGAAGUCCACCAAGGGCCAGAGCCUCAAGGAGGAGUGGAUCGCCUACAUCUGCCGCGAGAUCCUGCGCGGCCUGAGCUACUUGCACUCGAACAAAGUCAUCCAUCGGGACAUCAAGGGCCAGAAUGUCCUGCUCACAGACAAUGCGGAGGUGAAGCUGGUCGACUUCGGAGUCUCCGCGCAGCUGGACCGCACGAUAGGCAGGAGGAACACGUUCAUUGGUACUCCCUACUGGAUGGCGCCGGAGGUCAUUGCCUGCGACGAGAAUCCCGAUGCCACAUACGACAACCGAUCGGACCUGUGGUCGCUCGGGAUCACUGCCUUGGAGAUGGCUGAGUCACAGCCGCCGCUGUGCGAUCUCCAUCCGAUGCGGGCCCUCUUCUUGAUUCCCCGCAACUCGCCGCCGCGCCUCAAAUCGAAGAAAUGGUCCAAGAAAUUCCACGGAUUCAUUGACACGGUGUUGGUCAAGGACUACCAUCAGCGGCCUUAUACCGAGAAUCUGCUGAAGCAUGGCUUCAUCAAGGACCAGCCCACGGACCGGCAGGUGCGCAUCCAGCUGAAGGACCACAUCGAUCGCUGCAAGAAGCGCAAGCAGGAGAAGGAGCGCGAGGACUACCGCUACUCGGGCAGCGACAACGACGACGAUGAGCCGCAGCUGGCGGGCGAGCAUAGCUCCAUUGUCCAGGCCCCCGGCGGCGACACUUUGCGCCGCAACUUCCAGCAGAUCCAGGAGGGUCGUAUCGCGGCCGAGCAGCAGCAGCACCACCAGCUGAUGGCCCACGCCCACGCCCAGGCAGCGGCCGACCAUGCCGCCGCCCAGGCGCAGCUGCACCAGCAACAGCAGCGGCAGGCGGCCGCCGCGGCGGCAGCAGCAGAGGCGCAUGCAGCACAGCAACAACAGCAGGCACAGCAGCAGGCACAGGCGCAGCAGCCGCAGGCGAAUCGACAGCAGAAACCGCCAUCGCGCCAGCAGAUCGAGGAACCAGGUCCGCCGGCACGCCCACAAAUACCACAGCGUCUGAUUGUGGUGCCAGAUCCACCGCAUGCCAAUCGGCCAUUGCCACCGACCCCGAAGUGCGGCGGCGGAGGAGGAGGAGGCGGCGGCGGCGAUCAGCCAGCGGGUCAGACGCCCCAGCAGCAGCAGCGAAACUCGCAGAAUAACUUCAAGCCAUCGUUACCACCAAGGAGACCUGAGCCGCAGCCACAGACAGCAGCAGCAGCAGCAGCCGGAGGGGCAGCCGGGGCCGGUGCAGGAGGGGCCCAGCAGCAGGCGGCCCAGCCGGAGGCGCCGCCGCGCAACAAUCGGGGCUCCGGGUCCGCCUCGGGGGCAUCGAAGCCGGCCGCCGUGCUGCCACAGCAGCAGUCGAACAAUCAUCUGGGACAGCCCGUGAAUCCGCUGGAUCCGUUGGACAGCAGCGACUCGGACAGCGAGCCGGAUGAGCCGAACGAUCGGGCCAGGAACGAUGGCACUCUGUUGGCCAGCGAUCCGCCCAAGCCGCUGCCUGGUCUGGGACCCGUCUCCGAGGACGGCAACACGACAACGCCCCUUGGCAGCCACGGCAGCGGAGGGCCGCCCAACCGGCCACUGCCCCCCACGCCCGAUGACGACGAUCAGGCAGGAGAUCGCACGCUGAUCAUGAAGCGAACCACGGAACAGAAUAUAAACCCCCUGCUAAGGACAUCAUCCGCUGUCGUCGUGCCACGAAGGGAGGAGGCAAAUCUUCUAAGGGACUGGGACUUUGAUCGAUUCUUUCCGAAGACCGGAGCCAACAGACGUGGCAGUGGCAGAGCCACCGGCGGAAGUGGCAGUGGCAGUGGCAGCGGAAGCGGAAGCAGUGGCAGCCCCACAACGACGGCCAGCCUCAGUCGCAGCUCGCAGCAGAGCACGCUCAAGGUGGAGACGAAGCUGCAGAGGGCCAGUGUGGCGGAGGCCAUCACCAGGCCAGUGCCCAGGGGCUAUCAGCCGCUAAAGGGCACAGGCGCAGGCGCAGGCGCGGGUGCCACAAGUAUUGCCAAAGAAAAGGGAGCUGCCGCUGGAGCCGCAAGCAGCAGCAGCAACACUUCGAAGUCGCAGCACAAGCGAAUAGAGUCGAAUUUUGUGCGCGGCUUUCGGCGUGAGAACUCGGACUUCUUUCCGCUAAACAAACGCCACUCUGCAGUGCUGAGCGGCACCACCAGCAGCAACCACAGCAACAACAGCAACAGCAGCCACAGCAACAGCAACAGCGGCCGCGCAGCCUCCACAAUACAGCUGCAAAUUGUCCAAGCUAGCCAGAGAGCCAGUGCCAUGUACCAAAGGAACAGCAUUUACAACACCAGUAACAGUGCCACAGCCACAGCCACAGCCACAGCCAGUGGCAGCAGCAAGAGCAAGACCACCUCUCCAGCAGCAGCAGGAGCAGGAGCAGGAGCAGUGGCUGCCAAGUCGGGAGCAGGAACUCCUGCCACUAAAUCGAGUUGGGCGAAUCUUGAUUUCUUGCGUCCGCGUCGCGAAAAGACUGAAUCCGUCAUUGUGUUGCAGAAUGCUGCCUCUCGAGCCCACCAGCAACAGCAGCAACAGCAGCAACAGCAGCAGCAGCAGCAGCAGCAGCAACAACAGCAGCAGCAGCAGAAUCGCGGAGUUGGCGGAGGAGGAAGCAGCGGCGGCGGCGGCGGCGGCGGCGGUGGAAGCAGCGGAGUGGGUGGAGCCGAUGGCAGCGUUUUGGGUACACCCGGAACCCGCACCAGCAGCGUACUGCCCGAUCUGCUUAGCCAGGCAUCGCCGGCCACACCGCCACGCCAUGAUAAAUCAUCCAGUGAGGAGUAUCAAGCGGCCAUCAGUUCAUCCGUGCAUUCCACGCCAUCGAAAUCGUUUAUCGCUAGCAGCGGCAACGGAGCCGUCGGUGGCCACGGCCUCGUCCCCGGGCUCGUCCCCGGCCUCGGCAUCGGCCUUGGGGGUGGUAGCGUCGUCGGUGGCGUGAUUAUUAGCAACAGCAGCAAUAAUUCGCCACAGUCGACGAUAUCGCUCGCCUCGUCCUCGUCGAAUUCGCGACAGAACUCGCCAAAGAAUUCGAUCAGUAAGACGCGUUCCACCAGCAGUAUUACUAAUUUAUUGCACAAAUCUGCUUCUUCCUCCUCUGCGAACAUCCACCAUCCACCACAUCCAUCGAAUGCCCCGUUAUCGGCCUCCUCGAACGCCGCCAACUUGCCAACGCACGCGUACGCGCUGCAACAGAAACAACGCAGUUUCCUUACCUUCGGUUUCGGGGCCGGCGGCUCCGGCCCGUCGCGUCGUGAGUCGCACGUGAAUGUCAAUGUGACGCCCACCUCCCACGAGGCGGCCAACGAUACGCCCGAGAUCCGUAAGUAUAAGAAGCGCUUCAAUUCGGAGAUACUCUGUGCGGCGCUAUGGGGCGUCAAUUUGCUGAUUGGCACAGAGAAUGGCCUGAUGCUGCUCGAUCGUUCCGGCCAGGGGAAGGUCUAUCAACUCAUCUCAAGACGCCGCUUCCAGCAAAUGGAAGUGCUAGAGGGUCAAAACAUAUUGGUUACCAUAUCCGGCAAGAAGAAUCGCGUGCGUGUCUACUACUUGUCCUGGCUCAAGUCGAAAAUCUUGCGCACCGAUGGACUCUCCGAUCAAGUGGAGCGUCGCAAUGGCUGGAUUAAUGUGGGUGAUCUACAAGGUGCUGUACAUUUUAAGAUUGUCAAAUACGAAAGGAUUAAGUUCCUAGUGAUUGCAUUAAAAGACUCUAUUGAAAUAUAUGCAUGGGCUCCCAAACCAUAUCACAAAUUUAUGGCAUUUAAGAAUUUUGGUGAAUUGGAACAUCGCCCGCUUUUGGUCGAUCUCACAAUUGAAGAUCAGUCGAGACUGAAGGUGAUUUAUGGCUCGGCCGAGGGUUUCCAUGCGGUUGAUUUGGACUCAGCUGAAGUAUACGACAUAUAUCUUCCCAAACAUACUCAGGGUGCAAUCAUUCCGCAUUGUAUUGUGGCGCUUCCGAACUCCAAUGGGAUGCAACUGCUGCUGUGCUACGACAAUGAAGGUGUCUAUGUGAACACUGUGGGUCGUGUUUCCAAGAACAUUGUCCUCCAGUGGGGAGAGAUGCCCACCUCAGUGGCAUACAUUGGCACUGGACAAAUCAUGGGCUGGGGCAACAAAGCAAUAGAGAUACGUUCCGUUGAGAGCGGCCAUUUGGAUGGUGUGUUUAUGCACAAGAAGGCGCAGCGCUUGAAAUUCCUUUGCGAGCGCAACGACAAAGUAUUCUUCAGCAGUGCCAAAGGUGCUUCAUCGUGUCAAAUCUACUUUAUGACGCUCAACAAGCCGGGCAUGGCCAAUUGGUAAAGCGCUCUGCUCUGCUCUGAUGAUCUUGGCAGCCAUCGAUCGACCCAACCGCAACCCCAAACGCAACCGCAGACCCAAAAGAAGCGAUCGAUUUGCUCAACCAGCAAUGCAUAAAACAUUUUCUUCUUAUUUUACAACAAAACCAACAAAAUAUCUAAAGAGAACAUACACACCCCAACCCCAACCCACACCCACACACACACAUAACGAAGAUAAUUAGUGCAUAAAAGUUAAGUGAAAUGAGAUGAUGAUGAUGAUGAUGAUAAUAUCCUAUACAGACGAGAGACACAAUUCGAAAACCAACAUUCACCAAACCACACCACAACACACCACACCACACAAACAAUCAUGAACUUGUGCUUAUGAAAAUUCACCACGACAACGUUUCAAUUAGUAAAUGUGCUAAGAAAACUCGAUCCACUCGGACGCGGAGUGCGACGCGAGCCUAUAUAUAUAUUAAAAUAAUCUAUUUAAUAUUUAGAAACGAAAAUGUCAAGCUCACUCGCAGAGGUUUUUUCGUCAGAACAGAACAGAACGGAACGGAACACAGAAGUCAACGAUCUAUAUCCUUUCGAUGAUGUAUGUAUAUUGGCGUUACGUAGUUGAACCCUGAACCCCCCACAGAUGGUGUGGAUAGCAGCAUCCACUAUCCAGAUCCAGAUGGAUCACCACACACACACAAUCACAAUCAGCACACACACACACACGAUUCAAAUCCAUUUCAAAUGUCGUUUCGCGUAUAAUUUCGCUUUCAAGUUAAACUUAAGUUGAAAAAAAAACAAAAAAAAACAGGCAACGCAUCAACCGAAAAUACACAUAUGUAUAUCGAAUUUUUGCAAUGGAAAACCAACGUAUAUAUAUAUAUAUAUAUACAUAUAUAUAAAUGAAUAAAUAUAUGCAAUUAGUUUUUGUUCUUGGUAUUAUCAAAUAGAA